AUGGAUCGCAAAAGAGGAAGAUCCGAAGCUUCCUUCAAUGGCAAUGGCGCCAGAAAAAGAGGAAGAUCCGAAAUGGAGUCCUUUCAAUCUGGUUUAGGAAGCAAAUCCAAGCCUUGCACAAAGUUUUUCAGCACCUCUGGAUGUCCUUUUGGUGAGGGUUGUCAUUUCUUGCAUUACGUUCCUGGAGGAUUUAAAGCUGUCUCUCAGAUGAUCAAUGUUGGUAGCAGUCCUGCUAUUCCACCCAUUGGUAGAAAUCCAAAUGUUCCGCCAUCCUUCCCGGACAGGUCUUCUCCACCAGCUGUUAAGACCCGAUUGUGCACCAAGUUCAAUAGUGCUGAAGGUUGCAAAUUUGGUGAUAAAUGUCACUUUGCCCAUGGUGAGUGGGAGCUUGGCAGGCCCGCGGCCCCUUCAUACGAAGAUACUCGUGCCAUGGGACAAAUGCAAAGCAACAGGGCUGGUGGGAGAUUCGAGCCUCCACCUCCAGCUCAUGUAGCUGCUGCCGGCUUUGGAGCCUCGGCCACUGCAAAAAUUAGUAUCAAUGCUUCCCUUGCUGGAGCUGUCAUUGGAAAAAAUGGUGUAAAUUCCAAGCAAAUCUGUCGCAUAACAGGAGCUAAACUUUCUAUUAGAGAUCAUGAAGAUCCUAACCUUAGAAAUAUUGAACUCGAGGGGAAUUUUGAUCAGAUCAAACAAGCUAGUGCCAUGGUUCAUGACCUUAUUCUAAAUGUUAGUUCGGUCUCUGGGCCUUCGAGAAAAAACACCACUUCAAAUACUUCUGCUCCUGCAAACAACUUCAAGACCAAGCUCUGUGAAAACUUCACCAAAGGAUCCUGCACUUUCGGGGAAAAGUGUCAUUUUGCACAUGGAACAGAUGAAUUACGCAAGUCUGUAAUGUGA